AUGUCUCAAUUCCUUCUUGUUUGCUUGAUCUUAGCAAAUGCUUUUGUGCUUAAUGUAGCAUCAUCUUUCCCAAACCUUCCAUAUCCGAGCCCGCGAAAGCUCGGAAACCACCAUGUUAAUGUUGUGAUGUCCUCUGUUGCUCCAUGUUUGAGCCCAUCCAGAGCACCUGAAAGUGAAGCUGUGAACUCUGUGAAAGAGGUCAGUGCAUCAGAUCAAGUGACGCGGUUCCUCCCGGGGCAGCAAGUUCGGAUAGAAAAGCAGCACCGUUCCAUUGAUAGGUCAGUUGCUGGAGGCGGAGUGAUUCUUGGGGGCCUUGCCACCACUUUCUUGGUGGCUGUUUUUUGUUACAUCAGGGCAACUGGGAAGAAAAAUGCAGAGCCUGAAGCCUAA